AUGGCACCAAAAUUUAUUCGACUACCUCUUCUUCUGGGAGCAUUCUUUCUUGUAUUUCUACUUGGCGUCCAUGUUGGUUCCCGUCGUGAUAUACUAAAUAAAAAAUCCGAUGUUAUUAAUUUAUUCUCAAAUGUAAAAUUAAAUAAAGAGUUACAAUCUAUGAAAGAAGAGAGUUUAAAGUCAUUCUCUUUUGCCUAUAAUAAAACUCAUCUUUGGUCAAUGCGGUUAGCAAAUGAAGAUUACUAUCGUAUAGCACGUGCAUUACCAUGUCGUACAGUAACUUAUGUCGGUGGUUUAAAAAAUGAAUCAAUGGAUUCUUGUAGUCAAACAACUAUAAAUGAAUUUUCGAUAGAAUCUACAUUACAAGCACAAAAAUGGAUCUAUGAUCAUCAAAAUCCAGCUAAUUGUGAGAAUAAAAAAUUUGCUAUUAUACAAAAAUAUGCUUGGUCUGGUUUUGGAUCAACUAUACAUCAAAUUCUAUGGGCAUUUGGUACCGCAAUAGGUGAAGGAAGAAUUGCCCUCUAUCAAGUACCAGGAAAUUGGCAUUAUGGUAGUUGUCCGUUGUCAAAUCCUGAUUGUAUAUUCCUUCCAAUCUCCAAUUGCUCGGUUCCAGCUGACCUUGAUUUUAAAAAAGUCACUUUAAUUAAUGCAAAUAUUGAUCAUUGGUUCAAACCUGUCUAUCCUCCAAUAUUUGCAAAUCGAUCGUUUAAUUGGUAUCGUUCUCAAUUGUUGUUCUAUUUAAUGCGAUAUAAUUCUCAAUCAUUAAAUCAUGUACAACGAAGAAUUACUGAAAGUUUUGAUCCACAUUCAAUCGAUCUUCAUCAUCCAUUCAUUUCUGUUUAUGUACGUCGAUCUGAUAAAGUACUAAAUAGAGAAAUGUCACAGGCUUAUCAUUUACAAAGAUAUUUUAGUUUAUUCGAUGAACAUGCUCGUCGAGCUAAAAUAUCAAACGUCUAUAUUAAUUCAGAAGAUACAAAUGUAUUUAAGGAAUUUGAAGAAGUAAAUAGAAAUAAAAAAAAAUAUUACAAAUUAUUAAGUAUUAACACAACAAGAAAUAUAGUUUUCUCGACAUUGCUGGGUAUGAGUUUAGAACACCGUGGAGAAAUUGUAUUGGAAUUUCUUACUGAUCUUUUUAUCGAAGCUAAUGCUGAUUUACAUGCUGGUACACUGACGUCAAAUUGGUGUCGAUUGGUUGAUGAAAUAAGACUUGUACUAGGCAAACGAAUACCAUAUUAUACGCCGGAACAUAGAUUUUUAGUAGAUGUAUAA